CCUCCUCCACCUAUUUCAAAAAACCAUCUUUGCCCUAGUCAUCUUUAUCUCUCUCCUCUUUUUAAACAUUUUGCAUCCUUUGCCUUUCGUAUUGGCGAAUUGCAUCCCAGGUCCAGCCAGGGAGCUUGCGAGAUACAAGCAAAAUGGUGUAUCCAGGCGGCCCCAGUCGGGGCUGUUAUACAUGCCGGGCUCGCAAAGUGAAGUGUGAUGAAAUGAAACCAGUUUGCCAGCGAUGCAUGAAGGGAAACCGUACUUGUGGCGGAUAUCGUGUUCUCGAUAGUAAUCCUUCCAAGAAGACUCGCAAACGCCCAUCGUCCCACCAACUCCAGCCAACAAAAGGAGCCUCAAUACCUCCAAUAGCGCCAUCAUUUGGCCAAGUGACUCUGAACAGUAGUCACAAUCGCUUUGGCUUUAGCGACUUUUCUUUCUCGGUACCGAAGCAGAAUCUUGUAGAGAAACAACUCGCGCAUUGCGCGGGGUCUCCUUCCUCUGUCCAUGGGCAGUUCGACCCGUGUGCCUUUUAUGCACAUAUCCUUCGCCUCCCGCAAGCACAGAGUCUCUACGGUGGCUGUUUGGCAGCGCUUCCUAGUGUUCUAUCAGAACUGGAUGGAUUGUCUCCGUUGUUACCGGCUCUAUCGGCCUUGAUUCUUACCUUUGUCGCCGAAAGGAGGGAAUAUGGAGCUCCUGCUGUGGCCGACGCCAUCGGAUGCUAUGGCAGCGCCCUACAACUCACUCGUCAGGUAGUAGAGGAGCGAAAUGAAAGUAGGACCUGCGAGCUGAUCUUGACAAUUUUCAUCCUGGCCAUGUACGAUGACCUGGCCAACGAAGACCACUCCAAAUCCACAUCAAAUCCACACCUCGAAGCUGCAAUUGCGUUUGUCCGGACGCAAAAGAAUAAGGAUUUUCAAAAUGAGACAAACGUAAAAUUGUACGGCGCUCUCCUCUCCCGAGCUCUCUGCACCUGCUUCGACACCGAAAACACCUCCAACUCCAACGAGUUCUUCUCCAUCUUCACAAUCGACGAGCUCUACGGCCUACAAGCCGCUCUCUCCAAACCCUCCCCUGCCUCCCCGAACUCCUUCAUCCAUCUCUACACCUGUAAACUCCUCAUCCUCAAUCUCCAGCUGCGCCAAAUAGAAUUCGCCUGGCCCUUCCUCGAAGCGCCCCUCCUCACAAUUUCAUCCUUCCUCGAAACCAUCUCGUCACUAGACCACCAGCUAGCCAAGUGGCCGCACUCUCUGCCCCCAGAAUGGAAGCACAUGACCAUCCAGCUGCCAGAGAAUAGCGUCGAUAUCUGGGCGGCCAGCGCACACAUCUACCCGACAUUCUGGGCCGGGAAUGGCUGGGCGCAGUAUCGCACGCUGCGGGUGGUCUUGCAGUGUUUGCGCUUGCGGUGUUAUGAUUUGUUGACGCAGUUUGCUUACGAUGAUAGGAGUGGAAGUGGUGGUAAUAGUACUGGGCAUGCUUCUGCUUCUGCUUCUCCUUCUUCUUUUUCUCCUGCUUCUGAUGCUGCUUCUUCGACUUCGACUUCAACUUCCUGCUCAGGUUCGACUGUCUCCAGCUCGCCAUCACUCCACGACCUCGCCAGUGAUAUCGCCACAACACAUAGCAAGAUCCGGGCGCUGACGGCUGAUAUCUGUGCCUCUAUGCCGUACCAUCUUGGGUACCGGGCCGCGUCGGGAGAAAUCCGCUACCCGAGUGAAGGGUUCCCGCAUGGGAAAUACGCGCGGCUCAUCUCUGCUUGCCAUAUUGUGUGGCCGUUGUAUGUCGCUGGGAUCGUGGAAGGGGUGACUGUCACGCAGAGACUGUGGGUGUCCAGACAGCUGGAUUUCAUUGGGAGGGAGAUGGGGGUUGGGAAGGCCGUUGUGCUGGCUGGGUUGGUGAGGGGUGCGGCGCUGGGGGAUGUUACGUUGGCGAUGGAGUAUACGGAUAUGUGGUGA